UGAACGAGUUCCGGUCAUGAAUUUAUAUAAUGUAAAGCAUGCCUAUCAAAUUCAAUUCAGUUAAUAGUACCAAAUCAGAAAUAUUUUUUUAUAAAUAUUUGAAUAAAAUAAAUAAAAUUUUGAAAUUAAUUUCAAUUAGUUUUGGUAAUACAUGUCAACAAUAUCAAGUCAUCACAAAGUAACGCGAAAGGCGAAAACCAAAAAGGCAGUAGGCACUAGGCAGCCAUUUUCUUUUGUGUUGUCGGACGUCUACCAUAAGUAGAAAAUGGUGAAGCCAAAGGGUGAUAAGAAGGGCAAAUCUGCCAUCAACGAAGUCGUUACUCGCGAAUACACAAUUAACCUCCACAAGAGGUUACAUGGCGUUGGCUUCAAGAAGAGGGCUCCCAGAGCAAUCAAGGAAAUCAAAAAAUUCGCCAUGAAACACAUGGGAACACCUGAUGUACGAGUAGACACACAUCUCAACAAGCAAGUCUGGUCAAAGGGUAUCAGAAACGUUCCAUUCCGCAUGAGGAUCCGACUGGCGAGGAGACGUAACGACGAUGAGGACUCGCCCCACAAGCUGUACACCCUCGUCACCUACGUGGCGGUCGCCUCCUUCAAGCGGCUACAGACCGAAAAUGUCGACGCCAGUCACGAAUGAUAACUUUUUUAUCAAUAAAUUACGUUACAUUUAAGUA